GUGUCUGCACCGCUUUCUGUCAGUUCGUUUGUGAGGAGAGUGCUGGGGAGACGGGAAUUAAAAGCACCGCUUUGUGAUUUUAAACACUGGGAAGGUUGACAAAAACACAUUUUGAGGAAAUACAAGUGGAUAUCGCUGCCUUUGAUGGUCGGACAAUUGCUGGGCAACCCAGUGGGUAUUUUAGACAUGAGUUUUGGGGUGAAAUUCUCCCUAAUCUUCGUACUCCUAAGGGUUCUCUUCACGGACUCCAGCCACAGUAAUCAGGUGGUCCUAUUGGAUACCACCGCUGUGCUGGGCGAGUUGGGCUGGAAGACAUAUCCCAUGAAUGGGUGGGAUGCCAUUACUGAGAUGGACGAACACAACCGACCAAUUCAUACCUUCCAGGUGUGCCAUGUAAUGGAGCCCAACCAGAACAACUGGCUGCGGUCCAACUGGAUCUCCCGCGAAGCUGCGCAGAAGAUCUACGUGGAGCUGCGCUUCACCCUGAGAGACUGUAACAGCAUCCCGUGGGUCUCGGGCACCUGCAAAGAGACCUUCAAUCUCUUCUACAUGGAGACGGAUGAGUCUCACGCCAUCAAGUUCAAGCCGGGCCAGUAUACCAAGAUCGACACGAUCGCGGCCGACGAGAGCUUCACACAGAUGGACCUGGGCGACCGCAUCCUCAAGCUCAACACAGAGGUGCGGGAGGUGGGGCCCAUCACAAAGAAGGGCUUCUACCUGGCCUUCCAGGACAUUGGAGCCUGCAUCGCGCUGGUGUCUGUGCGCGUAUACUACAAGAAAUGCCCCUUCACAUUCCGAAACCUGGCCACGUUCCCGGACACCAUCCCCCGCGUGGACUCCUCCUCGCUGGUGGAGGUGCGGGGUGCCUGUGUGAAGAACGCGGAGGAGCGAGACACACCCAAGUUGUACUGUGGAGCCGAUGGGGACUGGCUGGUGCCCCUGGGCCGCUGUGUCUGCAGCGUUGGCUAUGAGGAGCUAGACGGCACCUGUCUCGCUUGCAGGCCAGGGUUCUACAAAGCUUUCUCCGGAAAUAUCAAGUGCUCCAAGUGUCCGCCCCACAGCUUCAGCUAUGAGGAGGGCUCUCCACUUUGUCAUUGUGAAAAGGGCUUCUUCAGAGCUGAGAAGGACCCCCCAACUAUGGCCUGCACACGCCCUCCAUCCCCUCCCCGAAAUGUGAUCUUCAACAUCAAUGAGACCUCCCUCUUCCUGGAGUGGAGCCCACCCAGCGACACCGGGGGCAGGAAGGACCUCACCUACAACGUCCUGUGUAAGAAGUGUGGUGCUGACCCCCGGCAGUGCGAGCUAUGCGGUGGGGACCUCCGCUUUGUCCCCCGGCCCCAGGGCCUGAUCAACGCCUCCGUCACUGUGCUGGAUUUCACCGCCCACGCCAACUACACCUUUGAGAUUGAGUCCCUCAACGGCGUGUCCGAACUCAGCUCCUUCCCCCGACCCGUGGCGGCCAUCACCAUCAGCACUGACCAGGGCGGUCCCUCACUGGUAGGCAUGGUCAGAAAGGACUGGGCCUCUCAGAACAGCAUCGCCCUCUCCUGGCAGGAGCCAGAACAGCCAACUCUGCCUGUGUUAGACUAUGAGAUCAAGUACUAUGAGAAGGAACAUGAGCAGCUCAGCUACUCUUCCACCCGCACCAAGGCCCCCAGCGUCAUCAUCACAGGCCUCAAGCCCUCCACCCGCUACAUCUUCCACGUCCGUGCCCGCACCUCCGCCGGCUACAGCAGCUACAGCCCCAAGUUCGAGUAUGAGACGGGAGACGAGACCUCAGACAUGGCCGCAGAUCAGGGACAGGUGCUGGUCAUUGUCACAGCGGCAGUGGGUGGCUUCACUUUGCUGGUGAUCCUGACCCUCUUCUUCCUCAUCACUGGACGGUGUCAGUGGUACAUCAAAGCCAAGAUGAAGUCUGAUGAGAAGAGGAGGGCACACUACCAGAAUGGACACAUCCCUUUCCCAGGAAUAAAGACCUACAUCGACCCAGACACCUAUGAGGACCCAACUCAGGCGGUCCACGAGUUUGCCAAGGAGAUUGAUCCUUCCCGGAUUCGUAUUGAGAGAGUGAUCGGAGCAGGUGAGUUUGGAGAGGUAUGCAGUGGUCGUCUUCGCACUCCAGGAAAGCGAGAGAUUCCAGUGGCCAUAAAGACACUGAAGGGUGGCUACGUGGAGCGGCAGAGGCGAGACUUCCUGCGAGAGGCCAGCAUCAUGGGACAGUUUGACCAUCCGAACAUCAUCAGACUUGAAGGCGUGGUCACGAAAAGCCGACCUGUCAUGAUUGUGGUUGAAUAUAUGGAGAACGGGUCCCUGGAUUCUUUCCUGAGGAAACACGACGGGCACUUCACUGUCAUCCAGCUGGUGGGCAUGCUGCGCGGCAUCGCCUCCGGCAUGAAGUACCUCUCUGACAUGGGCUACGUCCACCGAGACCUGGCCGCCCGCAACAUCCUGGUCAACAGCAACCUGGUGUGCAAGGUGUCCGACUUCGGCCUGUCCCGGGUGCUGGAGGAUGACCCCGAGGCCGCCUACACCACCAGCGGAGGAAAAAUCCCCAUCCGAUGGACAGCACCUGAAGCCAUCGCCUAUAGGAAGUUCUCGUCAGCCAGUGAUGCGUGGAGCUACGGCAUUGUCAUGUGGGAAGUGAUGUCAUAUGGGGAGCGGCCAUAUUGGGAGAUGUCCAAUCAGGAUGUGAUCCUGUCCAUAGAGGAGGGGUACCGCCUGCCCGCACCCAUGGGAUGUCCCGUGGCUCUGCACCAGCUCAUGCUGCACUGCUGGCAGAAGGAGCGAGGCCUCAGGCCCAAGUUCACUGACAUCGUCAGCUUCCUGGACAAGCUCAUCCGCAACCCCAGCAGCCUGCUGACGCUGGUAGAGGACAUCCAGGGGUUGCCAGAGUCCCCCGGUGAUGUCCCUGAGUAUCCUAUGUUCAUUUCCAUUGGUGAUUGGCUGGACUCCAUUAAAAUGAGUCAAUACAAGAAUAACUUCAUGGCUGCAGGCUACACCACACUGGACUCAGUUUCAACAAUGAGCAUUGAAGAUGUCAGGCGGAUUGGGGUGACUCUGAUUGGCCACCAGAGACGAAUAGUGAGCAGUAUACAGACGUUACGGCUGCAAUUACUCCAUGUCCAGGAGAAGGGAUUUCAUGUAUGAAACGGAAGAUGGACAGAUGGACAGACAAACAGCUCAAGCCUGUGCCUCCGCCAUCUACCCAUAAGCAGACUCCCUUUUCCAGCUGCAAGGCCUCAACUUCAACUUCCAACAACAAACUGGCUUACUUUGACUUCCAACAAAUAAACUCAAUAAUCAAGACUGUUUUUUAAAAGCAACUGCUUCCG